CACUUCCCUUAGGCCUGCUUACUCCGGCCGGGCUCUUUUGGCUGCUGCUGUUUUUUCCCUUCGCUGCGGGUCGUUCGGCCUUUGCACGGGCUGCACCGCCGGAAGCUGAGCGACCUCCUCUCCUCGACUGAAUUGCCUCCUCCGUGAUUGUCGAAAGUCUUUGCAGCUCAGUAUGUCAAGAUGAGUCCUUCACAAUGGGAUUUUCCAGUGGAAUUGUGUUGCCGGCCUAUGGCCUUUGUAGCCCUCACUGGCUUGGAUGUGGUCUACAAUGCCGUUCAUCGGGCAGUUUGGGAUGCCUUUUGUGCAAACAGGAGAGCAGACCGAGUCCCCAUUUCCUUCAAAGUGCUCCCUGGUGAUCAUGAAUAUCCUAAAUGCAGAAACAAGAGAACAUCGUAUGAGUGGCAUAUUCCAAAAGGUAUUUUGAAGACUGGCUGGAUGAACAAACAUCUGAAUUUGGUCCCUGCACUUGUUGUUGUGUUUUAUGAGCUAGACUGGGAUGAGCCACAGUGGAAAGAAAAACAGUCAGAGUGUGCUACUAGAGUUGAAAUUGUCAGGCAGAGUUUGCAAGGAAGAAAUACAAAAGUUGCUGUAGUUUUGAUUCAGAAGAAAACACCAUUGCCUCCAGGAGAAGAUGUUAUUGCUUCAGAAAGGGCAGCAGCUUUGUGCAAUGCAUGUGACCUCUCAGGGAAAUCCUUGUUUGUUUUGCCACACACUGAUCACCUUGUAGGUUACAUUAUAAGGUUAGAGAAUGCUUUUUAUGAACAUGCACAGACCUAUUACUAUACGGAAAUCCGAAGGGUGAAAUCCCAUAAAGAAUUCCUCAACAAAACAACACAUCAGCUCCUGUUUGUCAGACAUCAGUUCAAAAUAGCAUUCUUCAGUGAGUUGAAGCAGGAUACACAGAACGCCCUGAAAAACUACAGAACUGCUUAUAAUCUUGUACAUGAGUUGAGAGCACACGAAACAAAUAUGUUGGAAAUCAAAACCAUUGCUGGAUUUAUAAAUUACAAGAUUUGCCGCCUGUGUUUUCAGCAUAACACACCGCUGGACGCAAUUGCACAGUUUAGAAAACACAUAGAUGUGUGCAAGAAAAAAAUUGGCAGUGCAGAGCUGGCUUUUGAGCAUGCUGCCUGGAUGUCCAAACAAUUUCAGGCCUUUGGAGACUUAUUUGAUGAAGCUAUCAAGCUAGGACUGACAGCUAUUCAAACGCAGAACCCUGGUUUCUAUUAUCAGCAGGCUGCAUACUAUGUCCAAGAAAGGAAGCAACUGGCAAAUGUCCUCUGUAAUCAUGAGCCUUCUGUGAUGUAUCCCAGUCCGGAUCCAAUAGAAACUCAAACUGGCGUGCUUGACUUCUAUGGACAAAGACCAUGGCGGCAAGGAGUACUAAGUUUUGAUCCAAAUGACCCUGAAAAGGAGAAAGUAGGAAUAUUGGCACUACAGCUGAAGGAAAAGAAAGUUCUCCACUCUGAAUUAAUCAUCACCUUGCUGAGUAAUGCAGUAGCCCAGUUCAAGAAGUACAAAUGUCCACGAAUGAAAAGCCACUUGAUGGUGCAAAUGGGUGAAGAGUAUUACUAUGCUAAAGAUUACACCAAAGCUUUGAAACUGCUGGAUUAUGUCUUGUGUGAUUACCGUAGUGAAGGAUGGUGGACUCUUCUUACUUCCAUACUGACCACAGCCCUUAAAUGUUCCUACCUCAUGGCACAGAUAAAAGACUACAUCACAUACUCCUUAGAGCUGUUGGGAAGGGCAUCUACUUUGAAAGAGGACCAAAAAUCUCGCAUUGAAAAGAAUCUGAUUAAAGUUCUUAUGAAUGAGAGCCCAGAUCCAGAACCUGACUGUGAUGCUACUUCUGUGAAAAGCUCACAGAAGUUGUGGGCUGAUAGAGUCUCUCUGGCUGGCAAUAAUAUCUUCACAAUAGAAGUGCAGGACUUCAUUCCAUUUGUACAGUGCAAAGCGAGAUUUCUUGCUCCAAGUUUCCAUGUUGACACUCCAGUUCAGUUUGACAUAUUCUUGAAAGCUGAUUGUCCUCAUCCUAUCCGGUUUUCUAAGCUAUGUGUCGGUUUCAACAAUCAGGAAUACAACCAGUAUUGUAUGGUGGAAGAAGCAUACCAAAAAAAUGAACUGUUCACACAGGGGAUGCUGUGUCUUACCCCUGGUAAAACCAAGAGGUUCACUUUCAAAUUUAUAGCAAAAACUGAGGACGUGGGAAAGAAGAUUGAGAUCACUUCAGUGGAUUUGGUUCUGGGUAGCGAGAACAGCAGGUGUGUGAUUUUGAACUGGCGUGGAGGAGGAGGGGACGCUGCUUCUUCUCAAGAGGCUCUGCUAGCAGCUCGCUCCUUCAAACGGCGGCCCAAACUCCCAGAAGGUGAAACCCAUUGGGAAAGUCUGACAGUUCAGACCAGCACCAUGAUCAUUUCCAGAGUGCCAAACAUUUCUGUCCAGCUCAGACAUGAGCCUCCUGCCCUGAUGAAUGAAAUGUACUGUUUGAUUGUGACAAUCCAGUCGCACGAGAAGACAGUUGCCAAAGAUGUGAAGCUCACAGCUGGCUUAAAACCAGGCCAAGAUGCAAACCUAACUCAAAAAACUCACGUGACGCUAAACGGAACAGAAAUAUGUGAUGAUUCAUUUCCAGCCUUACUUCCUGAUGUCCCUAUGGGAGACUUGCAUCCAGGUGAAAAGCUGGAAAAGACUGUGUAUAUUCACUGUGGAACAGUCGGCACCAGAAUGUUUCUUGUGUAUGUAUCCUAUUUAGUGAGUGCGACCACUGAAGGAAAAGAGAUUCUCUGCAAAUGUCACAGGGAUGAGACUGUGACUAUAGAGACUGUGUUUCCAUUUGAUGUCGCCGUUAAAUUCGUCUCUACUAAGUUUGAGCAUUUAGAUAAAGUCUUUACAGACAUACCAUUUUUGUUGAUGACUGACAUCCUCAGUGCUUCACCUUGGGCCCUGACGAUAGUAACCAGCCAACUGCAGCUUUCUCCUUCUAUGAUGCCAGUGGACCAGCUAGAAUCUUAUGUGGAGAAUGUUGUUUUACAGACCGGUGAGAGUGCUAGUGAAUGUUUCUGCCUUCGAUGUCCACCAGUCAUCACUGGACAGAGUGGAGUGGCUACUGGAAGCUAUGCAAUCUCCUGGAAGAGGACCUCAGCUUUGAAGAGCAUCCCUGUUGUUAGGACUGUGAUCACACUCCCUCAUGUGAUUGCAGAAAGCAUCCCACUCCAUGUUAAUGCAGAUCUGCCCUCAUUUGGUCGAGUCAGAGAAUCCUUGCCUGUAAAAUACCACCUGCAGAAUAAGACUAAUCUUGUUCAGGACUUGGAAGUGUCAGUGGAACCCAGUGAUGCCUUCAUGUUUUCAGGUCUUAAGCAGAUUAGGUUGCGAAUUCUUCCCGGCACUAAACAAGAAAUGUUAUACAACUUCUACCCUCUCAUGGCUGGUUAUCAGCAGUUACCAUCACUCAAUAUCAGCUUGUUACGAUUUCCACACUUCACUAACCAGCUGCUUAGACGAUUUAUCCCAACACACAUUUUUGUGAAGCCACAAGGUCGCCAAGCAGAUGACGCUUCAAUUGCUGCAGCGUAGCUGAGGAUCCACACAGUUAAGGGAAACAGAAUUUUGCACAGAAUAUGUAGAGCUCUGCUUUUUCAAAGUCUAGCUUUGUUCAAGUUAUAAAUUAAAAGGAACCUUUAUUUUGAGAUCGGACACAACUGUCAGAGAACAAAUGCGUUAACUAAGUCUUAAACGUGAUGCUAAUAAAUAUGCAGGAAAGAGUCAGUGCUUUAUUUAACAGGAUUAAAAUGUUCUCUUUUGCCUUUUGUGAAAGUUAAAUGGAAGUAUUAUUUAUUAUGGAUGAUAACUUGGCCAAAAAAGUAGAAAUCUCAUUCUUUUCAUUGAUGUUGUCCUGUGGUGCAAUGGUUUGUGGCUUUUGUUGUAGUGUGUCUGAGUGCAAGGGGGGAGAGUUCAUAAAUCUUAUAACAUUGAAAUUAGAACCUCAUUUUUGUGUAUUCCAUGUAAAGAACAAGAUACAGUGAAAUCCCUGUUGGCUUUGGGUGACCCCAGCACAUUUGGGCUUUGAAUGAACAAAUGUAAUUAAUGUAUAGGAUGGUGUUUGCGGAGUUACUGGCUACUAUUAUCACUGUACUAGUUAUAGUGAAGCUAUUUCUGAGGGUGCCAUCCCCCCCGCCCCCAGUGCCCUCAGUACAAAGAAGCGAAGAUACUGGCAAGUGAGGGAAUCCUGUGACAAUAAGAUGCUUUAUAAUUGCACAGCCCCCGGGGCAAAUCUAAGCUUGCUGAGAAUGCUUAGAUGGUAGGGUUGUAUUGUCAAGAUGCUGUGUCUAAGAACUGCUGGUCCCCUCAUACAACUUAAAUAUUCCCAUUGUCACUAGAUUCUAUUAGAUUCCUCUCCCACAGAAUGGGUUGGCCUUUAAGGUGGUUCAUUAUUGCAUGAGUGAACUGCAUACCUGCAGUUUAGCCGUUCAGUAUGCAUUAGUGACUGGCUCCAAUAACGCUUGCUAUUGUAAACUGUCAUUACGGACUUUAAAUGGAAACAAAGAGGGAAAGGCCACUUACCCUGGGGUAUCAUCCACUCGUAAACAAUGGUGGUUGGAUUUGCUUUUUUAAUAAAGUUCAUUGGGAUAACUUUGCAUUAAGUGUGUCAAAAUUAAAUUGGAGAAAUCAGGCCUAUCAAUGUUGAUGUGAGCUGGUCGUUAGAAUAUUUGCAAUAAAUCAUGUAAAUAAA